ACGGGAUGGAAGAGAAGGGGACGGACGGGCCAGCCCUCGGUCAGCGUCGCCAGAGAGCCCGGCAGGAUCGGCGCAAGCGCCAUCUUCUUGUUAUUUAUAGCGGGAGCAGCGGGCCCGGAGCGCGGCCACGACAACAGCGGGACAGGCGCCGGGCUGCCCCUGCACAGCCCGAGCCUCCCGCUGCGCUCUGCCCUGCGCCGAGCCAGCCCCGCUACAGGGGCACGGCCUGACCGCACCCUCCGGAGAUGGCAAAUGGCAGGAGCCACCCCCAGCCUGGGGACCUGAUCGAGAUCGACCGACCACUUUACCAGCACUGGGCCCUCUACAUGGGGGAUGGAUAUGUCAUAAACGUGACACCUGUCGAUGAAGGAGCCCCAUCGCUGUCAGUGAGCACCACAUCAAUAUUCACCAGAAAGGCCAAGGUGAAGAAGCAGCUCCUGAAGGAGGUGGUGGGAAAUAACAAAUGGCGUGUCAACAACAAGUAUGAUCGCUCCCGCACUCCUCGCCCUGUGGGGGAGAUCCUCCGGCGUGCUGAGCGAUGGAUUGACAGGGAGGUGCCCUAUGAUGUUUUUGGCAGCAACUGUGAGCACUUUGUGACCGACCUCCGCUACGGAGAGGGAGUCUCUGACCAGGUUACAAAAGCAGUUAUUUGUACUACAGCAGCUGUAGGAGGUAUCAUUCUUGCUGGUCUUGCCACUGCUGUUGUGAAGAGUUUGUGUGGGGACUCAUCCAAGAGAGAGAACAAGUACUACUGAUGGGCUGUGUGCAGGAGCUCAGACCAAGGCAGGGGGAGACCCUGCAACAACAGUCCCUGGUCAGCUUUUACUACACCUGCCAUCAAGACUGAUUAGCAACUGUGCCACCCUUGCUGUAAACUUUAAGUAAGCCUUAACAAAAUGUUAGAAACCCAAAUUUUAAUUGCCCCCACAUCCUCUUUUAUCUGAGUAUAACUUUGAGUGCAAGUUCAACUGUUCUGCCUGCUUUUCCCUACUAUCUCAUUAAGAAAUAAAAAGUCAAGAUGGGCACCGUUUAAGGUGACCUCCAGCAGCACUAGCCUGGUUGCCAUAUCUGUUUUUAAUUUCAUUGCCUGUGAUGAUUUUGGUGGUAAUCUGGCCGCAUUUGCACUGCAGGCUUUCCAUCCAUUUUCAUCAGUUGGUUCCUGUACACUUUUUCUGUACAUCCGUGAUUUUAACCUCAGCUUUCCAAACAAGUCAAAACAAGUACUUCUGAAGAUUUUUCAGCUGAGGCUCUGAGUAGGUGGGAAAGCCCAGGCUGCAACAUCUGCAAAGGAGUAGGCAGAGCAUGUGCAGUGUCUUGGAGCCUGUACUUGUGCUGCCUAAACUGAGAAACUCGUGGGAGGUUGGAGGAAAAAGGCAGGUCUUAUAAGCUAUAACUCCUUUGGAGUUUUACAGGAGUGCUGUGCUUGUGACAUGAUGGUGUUUUGCUUGGGUUUUCCCUGCCUAAAAGUCUCUCCCAAUGUACUGAACCAUGCUACUUCCUUGUCACAAAGCUGAUGUGUGGAUUAACUUGGAAGGAAACUGUGCAGGGAAAGUGUGCUUUAUUGGCCUUUAUCCGGACUGUGUGCCUGAAGUGUUUGGAACCAGGUUACCUGCAUCCCACCUGUGAGACACAGAAUCCUGAGCAGCUUUUCUUACAGGCAACUGCCUGGAGGGCAGGGAGAGGUGAGGGCAGAAGAGCUGUCUGGGAGAGGCUGGCUGCUUUUGUCUGCUCUCGACAGACUGCCCAGGUUUAACCCCAGCCAGCAAGAAUGCAGCAGGCAGCCACUCACUCCCUCCUCUGCCAGCCCCAUCAGAGAAUCAGAAGAGCUGAAGUGGAAAACUUUUGGCUUGAGAAGAAGUUGGUUUAGAAGGUAAAGUGAAAGCUGUGCAAGCAAGCAAAGAAAAAGAAUUAAUUUUUCAUUGCUUUUUUAAAUGGCAGUUUUUCAAUGUUUGAAAUAACCAAGCCAAGCUUUACAGUUGUAUUUUGUAUUCCCCUUUGUUAUUACAUCUGAAUAAAGUUCUUAGUUUUACUGCAGGAAAACACAUUUUAAUCAAA